AUGUCUUUCAACCAGACCUGUGAUCCAGUUGUCCCAUCACUCAACACUUUCUUUGUACUGGUCUACAGUCUGGUGUUUCUGGUGGGUUUACUCCUCAAUGGCUUCAUCCUAAAGUUUUACAUUGGUCAAGCUCAGCAGCAGGCAUCAAGCAGUUUGAUGGUCUACCUGAAGAACCUGACAGCUGCUGACUUCUUGCUCUGCCUCUCUCUGCCACUGCGCAUCGCCCACUGUGGUAGCAAGUCAUUCAUCAUUCAAAGGCUCUACUGCAGCUUUGGAGCUUCAACUGUCUAUGUCAACAUUUAUGCCAGCAUCAUAUUCAUGUGUUAUAUCGCUGCCAAUAGGUAUCUGGAGAUCGUCCAUCCUUCAGGAACUCAUGUCCUGCAGUCACUGCGAACUGUGCACAUCAUCUCCAUCGUCACCUGGGUUUGUCUCCUGGCUCCAUCAAUUACAUAUGCCAUCCUCUUUUUCAUCACCCAGAAACCCCUGACUUUUACCCCAAGCCGAUGUUGGCCCCUCUUUAGUACAUCAGUUAGUCUGAUGUUUAAGAUCCUCCACACCCUGUGCACCAUCAUCUUCCUCUUGGUCUUCAUAUCCCUGGUCUUCUUCUACUACAGCACCUCCCGCAGGGUGUUGCAGGCACAGCAGACACAGCUGGCCUCCUCCAAUGCUGAGAAGCUGGUGAAGUCUCGCAGGAACAUGUUGGUGCUGGUCAGCAUCUUCUGUGUUUGUUUUGUCCCCUAUCACCUCGUUCGACUUCCCUAUGUUUUUCUGUUGAACAGCUGCUCUCUUGGUUCAGUGUUGUACUACCUGAAGGAGGCAGCCAUCAUGCUGUCAGUUUUCAACAUCUGUCUGGACCCUGUUGUUUACUUUUUCCUCUGUAAGACUUUUCGGGCCCAGGUGAGAAAGAUGUCCAGGAGAGUUGAUGAUCCAAACGAACAAACAAACAGACAAGAAGAGAGAGAGGAGCAACAGCAACAAGGCAAACCUUGUAAAGAAAAGAGCUCAGACAUCAAUUUGAUGCUCAACUCAACAUUUCAUGGAGUGUAA